AUGGACUUAGGCUUCCACUGGAAUCCAUCUGCAGAUAUCCAAAUGGACCUGGCGACCAUGAUGACGCAGAUGGAGAAGUUCCCGGGCUUCUCCGCUGAACCGCAGCCACAAGCACCCUUUGUCGACUUUACGGCUGUCAGCGACGCAUCCCCACCGUCACUCUACGACAUUCAAACUCUUCCGGCCACUGAUCCCCUCUUCGGUGACCUUGCCGCCGCGGCCGUGGGGGACCCCGCCGGUCUGUACGUUGGCGGCCACCCGCACCUUCACCCUUCGGAGGGAAAACAGGCAUCGAUGGCAGCAAUGAGGGAGAUGAUAUUCCGCAUGGCGGCAAUGCAGCCGAUCCACAUCGACCCGGAGUCGGUGAAGCCGCCGAAGCGCAGGAAUGUGAAGAUAUCCAAGGACCCGCAGAGCGUGGCGGCGCGCCACCGCCGGGAGCGCAUCAGCGAGAGGAUUCGGAUACUCCAGCGGCUCGUUCCCGGGGGGACGAAGAUGGACACGGCUUCCAUGCUCGACGAAGCCAUCCACUACGUCAAGUUCUUGAAGACUCAGGUGCAGUCCCUCGAAAGAGCUGCCGCCACCAGGGCCGGGACCCUUGGCCUACCGUCAACACCACGAGCGUCGGGAAGGGCCUAUGAGGCGCCGGCCCAGCUCCAGCAGCAGCUGCCCAUGAAUCUUCAUCAUUCAUGGAUGAUGAGCUGA